AGCACGGACCCGGAUGAAGAGUAGUUAAGCAGGAAGCGGGCCUCUGCUCGGUCUUUUCCCGAAGAGCUAACCACGUUGGUGGCGUCCGUUCCUGGCUCACCGCUGUUCGCUUGAAUUUCUUCCGAAUAAGUCGGUCAGGAAUAAUCAAAAUGGCAUUCAAGGACACCGGCAAGGCACCUGUUGAGACGGAGGUUGCCAUCCACCGCAUCCGUAUCACCCUCACCAGCCGCAACGUCAAAUCUCUGGAGAAGGUCUGUGCUGACCUGAUCCGUGGGGCCAAAGAGAAGAACCUGAAGGUGAAGGGACCCGUCCGCAUGCCAACCAAGACUCUGCGCAUCACCACCAGAAAGACUCCCUGUGGUGAGGGAUCCAAAACCUGGGAUCGCUUCCAGAUGAGGAUCCAUAAGCGCCUGAUAGAUCUGCACAGCCCAUCUGAGAUCGUGAAGCAGAUCACCUCCAUCAGCAUCGAACCCGGUGUCGAGGUUGAAGUCACCAUCGCUGACGCAUAAACAGUGAAGAUGUUUCAAUAAAGAAAAUCAAAAUAAGGAAACCGUGA